AGCCCCCACUAUUAGUUAUUCGUUUUUUUUGUUUUUUUUUUUUUAUUUCUUACUGACACAGCCCUGUCGUUUGAAUAGUUCAACAACUAAAUCUAUCUAAUUUGUUGGUCUAUUUUUAGUUCGCAUUCCUCAAUUAGGCAGGUAGUCGCUAGUGUCGCCCGCUACUCCUUUGUGCUACAGCAAACCAUUGAAGUACUCGUUCUCUAUGAGGCUUAAGCAUAGCCUCAUUGGUUUAUUUAUUUUGUAAACCCAUCCAGGUCCUAAAUCACGCUAAUAUGGAUUUCUGAAACAUAUUUCUGAAAAUACACUUACAAGGAAGGGGGAGAGGGGGAGGCAAACAAACUGGAUUUCCCCAGAUUUCCCCUACGUUGCUUUCUGGGUGAAAAUGACAGAAUAUAAGCUUGUGGUGGUUGGAGCUGGAGGCGUUGGGAAGAGUGCCCUGACAAUACAGCUUAUUCAGAAUCAUUUUGUGGAUGAAUAUGACCCUACAAUAGAGGACUCGUACAGAAAACAAGUAGUAAUCGAUGGGGAGACGUGUCUGUUGGACAUUCUCGACACCGCAGGUCAAGAGGAGUACAGUGCAAUGAGAGACCAGUAUAUGAGAACAGGGGAGGGCUUUCUCUGUGUCUUUGCCAUUAAUAAUACUAAAUCAUUUGAAGAUAUACACCACUAUAGGGAGCAGAUAAAACGAGUGAAAGACUCUGAAGAUGUCCCUAUGGUCUUGGUAGGAAACAAAUGUGAUCUUCCAUCCCGAACGGUGGAUACAAAGCAAGCUCAGGACUUAGCUAGAAGUUAUGGAAUUCCUUUCAUAGAGACAUCAGCAAAGACAAGACAGGGUGUGGAUGAUGCCUUUUACACAUUAGUCCGAGAAAUUCGAAAGCACAAAGAGAAGAUGAGCAAAGAUGGCAAAAAGAAGAAAAAGAAGUCAAAGACAAAGUGUAUAAUCAUGUGAAUAGAUGUUUCCCUUUUAAACAAGAAAAAUAAACCUUUACAUGUUCUGAAAUGAAAGUAAUACUUGUUUUGUACAUUACACUAAAUUAUUAGACUUGGUUUUGUUAGCACAUCUAUUUAAUUUUGCUUUGAAUCCUUAGCUGCUGGUGGUUUGCUUGUUUUUUCCUUUUUUUAUUUUUUUUUAAAGAAAACAAAAUAGGCUUUACUUACUAAGUGCUAGUGUUCCUUUGGUGUUGGCCCUUCAGCUAGCUGAUCAGUCUCUGUUGGGCUUUUGGUGCAUGUACUUUUGUUAAGCCUUUUCAUUUUCCUUAAAUGUAUAUUUUAUUGGUGUAUCAAUAGCAGUAAUCACUUUUUAGUUUAUUUUAUUUUUUAAAAAUGAGCUUUCUGUAUUUUUGUAUACUGUGCUGCUUGUUGAAGUUGCCACAAUAAGGGUCUGUUUUGAUCAAGUCUUACUUUACAGGACAUACAGUUGUUAUAGAUUUUGGUAUACCUUUAGACUAAACUGAAACUUAAAACAAACUGCUUUUAAAAAAAAAAAAAAAAAAAAAAAAAAAAAAUCCUGAUAUUUCAACUUUAAGCUCAAAUACCGAUAAACUACACAUAGUUCAUCAAAUGUGCAGUACUAUUGGUGGAUAUUCUAACAUGUUUUUGGGUGGGACUGGAGGUAAUGCAAGUAAAAUGAGAGAAGAUAAUUGUAGGCCAUUUUACUGACAAUGUUUACUAAAAGGCUGCACAAUACUGUUAGGGUACUAUAUACUAAACUGAAUCUGAAAUAGAUGUGUUGUGGGCAAACCCAAAACACUUUAUAGUUAGAUGGAGGUAUCCUAUUAUCGGAGUGCUAAAGUGUAUAAAAUUUGUGAAGAUAAUUGUGUAGUGCUUAUAGCCCCAAAUAAAGAUAGCGUGACGGUCAAGUAUGCCAUUUUUCAUGGUUACACUGAUAUUGUGGAAAAGACUGUUCCUUACAUCCUUGUGCAUGGCAUUAUCUCCUAUAGUUUUCAAGUUUUGGUGAUUUUUUUAAAUUUUGUUUUUGAUUAUUUUUUAUUUUUAUUUUUUUUUGUUCUAAGCCCUGUGAAUAAUCUUUAAUGUUCCUUAACUGAUUGCCACAUUUAUAAGAUGCACCCAUUUUAUCAUUAUAGCUACUAUCAAUUGAUAGAUUGGGCUGUUCUGUAGGUGGUCCAAACAAUGCCUUUCAUUUUACUUUGUUUCUUUGGAUUAAGGUUACCUACCCCUUUGGGUACUGUAUUGCACCAUUUGGUGUUUAAAGGGCACAGGUGAAAAAUAGAUUGAAAUACACAGAUUUCAAAUGUAGUUACUUAAGUGGGGUGGAAUUGGAAGCUGUGAGAAACACUUACUGUACAAAGCCAAAAAGCCUUGUGCACAUUCAGAGUCACAAACCUAUUACAUGGAUGCAAAACUGUCCAGAAACCAGGCUUUUAUAAGGCUACACCAUACAAAUUAAGGGUCUGGCGCUGCAUCUGUAUAAAUGAAAUAUGAACGGUCAGAAUUCACAAUAUCUUGUAUUUUUUUGUAAUGGCUAUACAUGAGUUCUGAAACUUUCUCUUCUUAGAGUGCCGACUUCUUCCUAGAUUUGUUUCUUAAAUGUAGCGUGUUUACCUGGAGUGUUUUAACAACCUUUGUAUAGUUGUAAUACUGAAAGGUGCAUAUUUUGUACAUUGUGCUUCUUUUUUGGUUUGUUUAUAUGAAUGAUGUUUAAUCUGGUUUCAGUCAUUUUCUUUGUGUUGACCUGGUAUGUUGGUCAUAACAGAUCAAAUGAAAUGAAUUACCAAUGUUUAAUAAGUACUUUGUAAUGGUUUUUAUAGGAGUAAGUGUUGUGUGGUGAUCUCAAAUUAGUCACUAUUUUUGUCAUGAAUUUACCCUCCUAUUAGUGUAUAAUAAAAUAAAACAGCAAUGGAGAUUAUUGUACCUUUUAAUUGUGGUUUGGUCAUAUGAAGAUGUGACAAAAAAGUGAUGCAUGCCAUACCACUGUUAAGGCCACCGUGGUUGAACAGAAUAGUGUUUAUUCAGUGUGACCGUGUACCAAAUUUAAUCCACUUGAGUAACCCACUUUGGGUAUUAAAUUAGUUUGACCAACUUACUCAUUACCACUGCUAAUCCUGAUUGCAUUUUACCAAAAAUGGUUUAGAUCUUUGAGAUCAAAAGUUAAAUUAUAUAGUGUCGAUUGCAGCAUACUAAACCAGGCCCUUGUGGUUAUUAUUAUUAUUAUUAUUAUUAUUAUUAUUAUUAUUUUUUUUUUUAAUUCACAUUGUGGAUUAAGGUGAUAGUCUGCUUCCUAUGAUUUGUCCCCCCUUUUUUUUUGUUUAAUAUGAGCUAUGCACAUGGAAACUUUGUUUCUCCCGCCUGUGUAACAUCAUCCCAGAAUAAUGUAGAUUUUUAAUAAAUGGAAGUGUUUCAAACUUCAAA